AUGAGCUUUUCACAGAUAGCUCAGCUCCCUCAUAUUGAUGGAUUACAACUAGGAAGAACAAUUGGGAAGGGCUCCUUUGCCUUUGUGAAGAGAGCUAGUUUAGAAGUUGAUCCGUCCACUGUAAUUGCUGUCAAAUUCAUACAUCUUCCUUCAUGUGAGAAACAAGGUAUGAGUCAGGAAGAUGUGUUGAGGGAAGUUAAGUUACAUUCUAGAUGCUCUAAUUUUGUUAAUGUGCUAAAGGUUAUAGAUUGCAAUCUUUCUGAUCCGUUUCUUUGGAUAGCCAUGGAACUGGCUGAAGGUGGUGAUCUUUUCGAUAAAAUCGAACCUGACAUUGGAGUCGACUCGGAAGUCGCCCAAUUCUAUUAUAAACAACUUAUAAAAGCUAUAAGUUAUCUGCAUGAUACCUGUGGUGUUGCCCAUAGGGAUAUCAAGCCGGAAAAUAUCCUAUUGGAUAAAGAUGGGAAUUUAAAACUUGCAGAUUUUGGGCUAGCAUCGCUGUUCAAGAGAAAAGAUGGAUCAAAACGUAUUUCUAGAGAUCAACGAGGAAGUCUUCCCUACAUGGCACCGGAAAUAAUAUACUGUGAUGGGUACUAUGCUGAUAUGACAGAUAUUUGGUCCAUUGGUGUUCUAUUAUUCGUUUUGUUGACUGGAGAAACGCCUUGGGAACUUCCUCACGAGGACGAUGAAACGUUUAGAAACUUUAUUAAAGGCGAAGGAAAGCUAGAUCAGGGAUCUUGGCUGAAGAUAGAUUUCGUUGAAUUGAAUCUCUUGAGAAAAAUAUUACAACCAGAUCCAGAGAAAAGAGCUUCUUUGGAUACUUUACGGAAACAUACAUGGUAUCAAACAAAUCCGAAAUUUGCAGAUGAAAAUGGCCUUUGUAAAAAUCCUUCUUUGCUUGCAGAAAAAUUACUAUCAAAGCUUAAAGUUUCUCUAUCAGAUGCCGAUUAUUUAUCUUCUACGCAGGAAGUGUUUGCCAAUCAACAUGCAAAGAUGUCGUUCACCCAACCUCUCAAUCGUGAGCUUGCACAUAUAGAUAGUUUACCGGCUAAUUUGCGAAACGGCUACUCUGCCACUCAAAAGGUUACAUGCAGCACGAAUUUUUCAAGUGAAAGGGAAUUAAUGACGCAGGAGCCAUUUUCAACCAAGAGAAUCCAAGAAGAUCUCGCUUCCUUGCAGUUUAAUAUUAAUGAUAUGAAGCUAAUGCCUAACUUUUCAUCUGACAGGCUAACUAAAUUUUUCUCUACUGAUGAUAUUAGUGUAAUCCUCUCAGACCUAGAGAAUGCUUUGGUUGCAUAUGGUGUUAGAGUGAGUAGAAAUCUUCACGAUAAUUUCUUGGAACUGAAACGGCAGAUCGGAGAGAGUAACCCCUAUCCUGUGUCUAUACAGCUCAAAACAUAUGAUAGAAAUAAGCUCCCACUUUCAGGAUCUCUAGUCAUCAUGCAGUUGGAAGGUGAUCUGAAAUCCGUUACUUUUGAAAGGAAACGGGGUGACCCGUUAGAAUGGAGACGCUUUUUCAAAAGAAUAACUGUAUUCUGUAGAGAUAUUGUUUACGUAAAUUGA